CGGCAAAAGGCGUCACUCACAGAACUUUCUCUCGUGCCGCCAUUUUAUGCGUGCUAGGAAAGCGAGCCGUUUCCGCGUCGUUUGAUUAAAGAUCUCAAGCCAAAUUGGAAUACCCACCUGUGCUCCAUAGAAGUAUUGCUGUGCUUUACGUUGGGGACUUUGAUCUAAUUUGGGACAUCCAUGUCUAGCUUCCGGGAACUCUUAAUGAAAACCACAGAGACGGUGCCAUCCAGUCAAUGUCUUACAGACUGUUUGUAUCGAGUUGUUCCAACCACUGGACCAGAAGGAAAGAAUCUUCUGAAAUUGGUACCAGUAUCAAAACCAGCAAAUAACUUGGUUCCCUUGAUUCAGCAUACUGUCGUAUGCAAUUCCGCACCAUUGAAAGUUCAAACACACGUUCGUUUUUCUCUGUCAUCUCCUGUGCAAAGUACUUCGUUACCUUUACCAGUGAAAGUCCCGGUUCUGCAGCAGCCUGGCUUCGGGAACUAUGUAAUCACAACACAAGGAAGCCUUCCCAGCACUCCAGAAACACCUUCUGCUCUUCAGAGUAGAACUGUCAUUCUUGAGAAGUCCCAAGUGAAUGGUGCAUCUGAUUCUCCACCAGGAAAUUCACCCUUUGUAAAGAUGAAUCCAAAAUCGCCCCCUCCAGCUGAAAAGUCCCCUUUUAUGCUACCGUCAGGACAUCAUCUUCAGAUACCUGCUAAUGCCGAAGUAAAAGCUGUUCCAGCCUCUCUGUUGCCUUUUGCAAUCCAGCAGAAGAUUUUAGCAACAAUGCCCUGUGGUGAUGCCCCCCAAAACUCUCCUGUUAUUUAUGUGUCCCCUGUCAACACUGUAAAAACACAAGCCGCCAAGCCAGUGCCACCAAUAUACCCCAAAACCGAACCUUCGGCUGCUGCAUUGGAAGCGAUGCCUUCAACCGUGAAGGCUCAUAGUAAUAAUCGACUACCUGAUAAAACGGAGUCUCCAAAGGGACCAAUGAAGUGGAUUGUGCGAGAACAAAAAGAGUCUGCAGCUUGUCUUGUUCCGGUGAAGUCUUCCAAUGACACCGCCUCAAAAAUCUUAAAAAUGCUAUCUGGGAAACAAAAUGAACCACCGAAUCUUGCAGAUGUGCUAUCAAUGUGCAAUAAUUCUUCCGACUCAAAAGGAAUCCACAUAAAAGACAAUGCCCUGGUUAUGUACAACAACAAAAUUUAUCUCCUGACUAAAAAAGGAUCUGGGGUUUUCAAUGCGCAAACAAAUACGCCCGAGUCGCCAGAAAAAAAACCAACGCUGUCCAAGUCCAUGAAAGAUAUCUCCAAUAAAGUGGUUGAGGUGGUUCUCUCAAAAAAUAAAGCAUCCAAACAGAACAGCGCUUCCCCGAUAAACCCCAACGUAGUCAGCUUGGUUCCGCUGAACGCGAAAAACGAAACAACUUUGCAUCAGCAGCUGCUGACACCGAAAAAUGAGUCUGUAUUAUUUAGCAUUAAGGACGAUUUUGUUGCUCAAACGUCCUCUGCCGUUUCAAAGCAGAAUAACCAGGAACCCAAUGUGCCAAAAGCUGUAGUGAGUUCUAUCAUUCACUUUCCCGCAAAAGUGCCACAGGAACCAACAUCGGUUACGCCAGCUAAACAGAUAGAAACAGCCACCGCUGAGGAGAUGGAUAACGCUCUUUCAGGUUGUAAAACUAGCGACGAAAGUUUAAGGUUGAAGUUUGGUUUAAACAAAGAAGAAAAAGUUGUCUUAAGAAGGCUCCCUGCAUCUUGUCCAGAUGAGACGUCUAAAGAGACAUCUAAAUCCAACAACCAGUCUUGUUUUAGUUACAGAACGAGAGCUGCUCUAAACAAGAGUCUUUCUUCUGAAAAUAAAACUCCAUCAGACACUCAUCCAGAGGAAAAACUUCAAGUCAAACGAAGAAUGCCUGUAGACACUCUAAAAUAUGCAAAAAAGAGCAACCUAGGUAGCUCGGAAUUGCUGCAAGACUCUGUUACCUUAAAUAGGUCCAGAGGCUUACAGGAAUCAGCCAGUUCAACGUCCCUUAACGUCUCUGAAAAUCCUGUGGAAAAAGCCUCUUCCCCCACCCGAUCUAGUGUUUCCCCACCAAGCACAGUGUAUUUUUCUCCAUCUAGUGCUGUCAAUCACUCGGUAAGCAAUCAAGUGGAAGCAAGUUCUACAGCGACAGCAUCAAAUGACUCCACGGACAAUUAUUCCAGUAUUCCAGUCUUUAAUACUCCAUCUACAAAGGUUCCUAGAACGAGUUUGUGUCCUUCUCCCGUGGAUCUAGAUGACACCGUAAGGGAUGAGAAGAUCCGCCGACUGAAGGACCUUUUAAGAGAACGUGAGGAAGCUCUAGAAGCUAUACGGAAGCAGAUGACCUAGAUUGCUACAAAGUGUUCUAAUUUCACUGUGAAUUCACCUUUCAGUACUAGCAUAAGUGUUGUAUUAAAUAAUGGACUUGAUGAACACCUUGCUGUGUCUAGAGGGACUAACUAAGUUAUUUCUUUUAAUGGUUUUUGCCUUCGAGUAGAAGGUAAAAUUCACAAACUGUUAAUUGUUGCUAAAGUUUUAAUUUUCCCUUUUUUUGUUUGGUCAGUUCAGACAGUAUUUAACCAAGGAACUGAGACAUUUUCAAUUUAGUAUGGUUUUAUCCUUGUUAGAGUAAUUACUAUUUUUUCCCCUCUCACUAUAAGGGUAUAUAAAGACUAAAAAAAUAAAUUUUAUUCACUACAAUAUUUCUGUCUCAAAGAAUGCUACUGUUAUAUUUUGUACAACAGUUUAAAUGCCUUUAUAAAAUGUACUGAGCUUCUCAUGCCAUAUUAUGUGCCCCGUGUUGUGUUAAUGGGAUUACGUUGUACUGAAUGGUAAGUUAGUAUUAAUGAAGCAUAAUAAUCUUAUUUGUACUAAACGGUAAAAGAAAAAUGUACUGCUCAUUCAGUUUUCAAUUAUGACUUCUAGAAGUUUGUAAUGGAAAAAUAUUUGCAAUUACUGAUGCCAGUCAAACAUGCUUUCACUCACAUGAAACAUUAAUAUUUCUCUGUGUACUCCAAAAAUAAUAAGCAGAUCUGUCAUUUUAUUCUUUCAUCUGGUGUUUGAGUCUCAAAUACAUUUUAAGACACCUUUU